AUGGCAAGGCCUCUCUGGGGACCUGGAUCCGUGGGUGGUAAAGACUGGACAAGCGUGGAGGAUGCCGAUCAGACCACUCUGGGUGGUGAUCAAGGAGAGGGACUACCAGAAAUUGGCAGUUUCGUGCUCUAUAAAAUAGAGCCGCCGCUAAAGGAGAAAGAGGACUUCGACACUUGGUUAGACACGGUCACCAAGAUCCUUCAGGGUCACAACCUCCACCGGUUGAUCAAUAAAGAGGUUGAAAAGCCAGACAGAGACUCCGAAAAUGCAGAGAAGUGGAUGAAAAUCAGUAUGCAAGUGAGAGCAUGGCUCCGCGCUGGAUUAGAUCCCGAGAUUGCAAAGGAUAUCACGUCAACUGGCGAAAGAACCACCUGGGCAGAUGACUUUAUGCAAGUUUGUAAGAAGCAGCUACGGGGUGAAGGACACGGAGCGUUAAGCGCAGCAAUAAUACGCUUCGUGCGCACAAAAAGAGAAGAGUUCUCAACAACAACUGAGUUCAUACAGGCGAUGAAGACACGAUUCGUCACAGCAAAUGACCUCAAAGCAUCGUUCUGUGCCUAUCACGCCAUUGUGCUUAUGGUAGCACAACUCUAUGAGAUCCCAGAGCUCCGAGGAUCCAUUGAAAUCAAAAAUAACGAACUGAAAUCGAUCGUGGAUCCAGCAAUGACACUGACCACUAAUGACUUUUUCAAAUACUGUCAGGAAAUGAUCGAUAAAAUCAAAGAGAUCCGCCUUGAUGAGGGACUCGCAGCAAGCGGGACGAACCGGAGUCAACAAACUCCAACGAAGAGCGUCUGCACCAAGAAAAGAGGAUCAAGAAGCACUAAAACAACUCAAUCGCUAUGUGAAAGGCACAAUUGA